AUGACCGACGCGGUAACCCGAAUUGGUGUUGUCAUCUUUCCCGGUUUUGCAUUAUUGGAUGUUGCUGGUCCUAUGCAAUUUUUUAAUUCAUUAAGUGCUAUACGACCAUUUGAAUUAAGUAUUAUUGCUAAAACAAUGCAUCCAGUUAGCACAACACCACCUGAAACUAUAGUAUUAGACAAUAAACACCAAUUUAUUGGUCAAGCAUGGUUACCAACACAUACAUUUGAUAAUGUACCCGAUUUAGAUAUUAUAUUAGUUCCUGGUGGAUUCGGUAUACGAGAUGAAACUAUUUUCAAUGAAACUACUACAUUUAUCAAAGAGCAAUAUCCAAAACUUAAAUAUUUACUCUCUGUAUGUACAGGAUCAAUAAUGGUUGCAGCUGCUGGUAUUCUUGAUGGACGAAAAGCAACAUCAAAUAAACGUGCUUGGUCAUUGACAAUAAAACAUAAAACAGUUAACUGGAUUCCAAAAGCACGAUGGGUAGUAGAUGGUAAUAUUUGGUCAAGUUCAGGAGUCGCAGCUGGAAUGGAUAUGACCUAUGCAUUUAUUUCUACUAUUUUCUCACCAGAUAUUGCUAAUCAAUUAGCCAAUGCAAUGGAAUAUGAACCACAUACAAAUCCUGAUUGGGAUCCUUUUUGUGAAAUUUGGAAAGUAACUUCUCAGUAA